CACCAUAUUGAAAAAUAAUAGUAGUUUAUCGAUGAUGAACUGAUGAUGAGCGAGUGGAAAUCGUGUAUUUGGUGAUUGAAUAUUAAUGUAUUAUAUUAAAAAUGGCUGGAAAUUUUGGAAUGCAGCAGUUGAUUCCUAUCGUAAACAAAUUACAAGAUGCAUUUGUACAAAUGGGCGUGCACAUGUCCUUAGAUCUUCCACAAAUCGCUGUUGUGGGUGGUCAGUCGGCAGGAAAGAGUUCUGUUUUAGAGAAUUUUGUCGGGAGGGAUUUUUUACCAAGAGGCUCUGGCAUUGUCACACGUCGUCCAUUAAUUCUGCAGCUUAUAAAUGGAAAUACAGAAUAUGCAGAAUUCUUACACUGCAAGGGAAAGAAGUUCACGGACUUCAAUGAAGUUCGAGGAGAGAUCGAGGCGGAGACAGAUCGUGUUACUGGUUCCAACAAGGGUAUAUCUCCUGUACCUAUUAACCUGCGUGUUUAUUCCCCGAAUGUGCUCAACCUGACGCUGAUUGAUUUGCCGGGUCUGACAAAAGUGCCAAUCGGUGAUCAGCCUAUAGAUAUCGAGCAGCAAAUCAAAGGGAUGAUAUUCCAGUUCAUCAGACGCGAAUCAUGCCUUAUCCUGGCAGUUACUCCGGCCAACACGGAUUUGGCCAACAGCGAUGCUCUGAAGCUUGCCAAAGAAGUAGACCCACAAGGAUUGCGUACUAUCGGCGUAAUAACAAAAUUAGAUUUGAUGGACGAGGGUACCGAUGCGCGGGACGUGCUCGAGAACAAGCUGCUGCCGCUGCGCCGAGGCUACAUCGGAGUCGUCAACCGAUCGCAGAAAGACAUUGACGGUCGCAAGGACAUAGCCGCUGCACUUGCGGCUGAGAGAAAAUUCUUCCUUAGCCACCCGUCAUACCGUCAUUUGGCCGAUCGUCUCGGUACCCCUUACCUACAGCGAGUGUUGAACCAACAGCUCACCAACCAUAUCCGCGACACUCUGCCCAGUCUCCGUGACAAGUUGCAGAAACAACUACUGACCUUGGAGAAGGACGUCGACCAGUACAAGCAUUUCCGACCCGAUGACCCGUCUAUUAAAACUAAGGCCAUGUUGCAAAUGAUUCAGACUUUGCAAACCGAUUUUGAACGCACCAUCGAAGGUUCCGGAUCGGCGCAGAUCAACACCAACGAAUUGUCCGGUGGCGCUAAGAUCAACAGGCUUUUCCACGAACGUUUUCCUUUUGAAAUUGUCAAAAUGGAGUUUGACGAAAAGGAACUGCGCCGCGAGAUCGCGUUCGCCAUUCGAAAUAUCCACGGUAUCCGAGUGGGUUUGUUCACACCGGAUAUGGCGUUUGAGGCUAUCGUGAAAAAGCAGAUCGGACGUCUGAAGGAGCCGUGCCUGAAGUGCGUCGAUCUGGUUGUGCAGGAGCUGUCCAACGUUGUACGGAUUUGCACCGAACGAAUGUCUCGUUACCCGCGCCUGCGCGAAGAGACGGAGCGCAUCAUAAUGUCGCACGUGCGCUCGCGGGAGCAGAUGUGCAAGGAUCAGCUGGUGCUGCUCAUCGACUGCGAACUGGCUUAUAUGAAUACCAAUCAUGAAGAUUUCAUUGGAUUCGCGAACGCACAAAAUCAGUCUGAGAACUCUGCGAAGUCAGGACAUCGAGCGCUCGGAAAUCAGGUGAUCCGAAAAGGAUACAUGUGCAUUCACAAUCUGGGAAUUAUGAAGGGAGGUUCCCGCGACUACUGGUUCGUACUGACUUCUGAGAGCAUCUCGUGGUACAAGGAUGAAGAGGAGCGGGAGAAGAAGUACAUGUUGCCCCUCGACGGGCUCAAGUUGAGAGAUCUCGAGCAGGGCUUCAUGUCGCGGCGACACAUGUUCGCACUCUUCAACCCUGAAGGCAGAAAUGUUUACAAGGAUUACAAGCAAUUGGAGUUGUCGUGUGAAACUCAAGAUGACGUCGAUUCGUGGAAGGCUUCGUUCCUGCGCGCGGGAGUCUACCCCGAGAAGACAUCGGAGGCGGCCAACGGCGACGAGAACGAAGGAUCUGAGAAUUCGGACAGCACAGGCACCAGCAGUAUGGACCCGCAGUUAGAGAGGCAGGUGGAGACCAUCCGUAAUCUGGUGGAUUCGUACAUGCGCAUCGUGACGAAGACAACGCGAGAUCUCGUCCCCAAGACAAUCAUGAUGAUGAUUAUCAAUAAUGCCAAAGACUUCAUUAAUGGAGAAUUACUCGCGCAUCUGUAUGCGUCCGGGGAUCAGUCUCAAAUGAUGGAAGAGUCUCCCGAGGAGGCACUGAAGCGUGAAGAGAUGUUGCGCAUGUACCACGCGUGCAAGGAGGCGCUGCACAUCAUCGGCGACGUGUCCAUGGCCACCGUGAGCACGCCCGUCCCGCCGCCCGUCAAGAACGACUGGCUCGAGAGCAGACUCGACUCCAACCCGAGACUGUCGCCGCCCUCGCCCGGCGGCCCGCGCCGCGCCGCACCCGCGCAGCAAGGUUCAUUGGGUCAGCGCGGAGCUCCCCCGCCGCCCGGAGCGGGUGCAGGACGUCCGGCGCCGCCGCUCCCCUCGCGGCCGGGAGGCGCCGCCCCCCCGCCCCCCGCUGCCAGACCCGUGCCCUCACAGGGUCUGCCCGCACCGCUCAUUCCCACGCGACCCGGCGGGGCGAGUGCUGGCGGUGCGAUGAACCAACUCCCGCCGCAAAUGAGGAACCAGAUCAACCAGGCCGUCGGGCAGGCCGUCACCAACGCGGCCAUCAACGAGCUCAGCUCCGCCUUCGCGAGAUUCAAUCGCCCGAUGCCGAAUAUGCCGCCGAAACUGCCCGAACGACCGCAGAACGGUCGGCCAUUUUGAACGCGCUCCGCCUUCGCCGCCAUCUUGUGAUUAGCUUUUAUCAUGUAAAUAUAUUUUUUAUCUUGUAUAUUGUUGUGUUCAAUGCGUAAAACGUUUAGUGGAUUACUUGGUGGAUGGUAUUCAAAUUUAGCAUUUUACUAUGCAAGUGGGGCCCAUUCGCGUACUUCACGAUUUUAUCGUCGAUGGUUCUGUUAUUAGGCACAAUGUUGAAAACACGUAAUGUGGACUUUAAUAAUUAAACUUAAUGAAAUAAUGUAAUCUAAUUGCAGCUUUAAUUUAUUAAAAUUGUACUUUGGAUCGAAGUUGCUUUAAAAAGUGUAUAGAUAUUUGUAUUGUAUUUCAAAUCUUUAAAAAGCGUUUUAGUAUCAUGUCGUAACGUAUAUAGAUCGACCGAUUAACUAAUGACAAUAUUUGUUAAGUUAACGAAAAAAAAUGUAUGUUUUAUAAAAACUUUGAUUUUUUUUUAAAUGGUUUUAGAAUCAACGUUUGAUAGUUUGGUUCUUAUGAAGAAUUGUUAACGGAAAAUUUACGUUGCAAAAAUACCGUAACAAAUGGGAGUUUAGUGCUAGUCGUGAAUAAUAAUAAAUAAUAAAAAAUCGCAUUUCAUCGAAAUUAUGUCUCAAAUGCUGUGGUUGUAAAACGUAAUGACCAAAUUACCUAUCACUAAAUACGGAACUAUUUUACAAUCUCUAGUAACUUAGCAUUGAGCUUACUAGGAAAUUAAUUACUAAUAAAACCUUAGAGGUUCAGGGUAUAGCUUUAUUUAAUAAUCAAAAUUAGUCUGAAAUAUAAUAAUUGCACCUGCUGUAUUCAAUAGUUUACGCUGUCGCUUUACAGAAGUAAAAAUGUGGAAAUGUAUAAUAGUAUUAACAAAUUCAUAUUUAUUAUACGAAAUAGUACUCUGCAAACCAGUUAUCGAUGUAAUUAUUUUCCUACAAUUGAUAUAGUGUCUAAACCUCGUCAAAAUUAUAUUAAGUUCAGUACAAAAAAUAAAUAUAUAAACGAAACUGACCUUAUACCUCCUUUGCUCUGUUAUGUAUUGUUAAGUAAUCUACAACCCAAGUCAAUAGAGCCUAUAAUGUUUAUUAUAAAUAAAUAUUGUAGAUCUAAUAAAUACAUCACAAGUUUCACAAUGAAAAGAGAAAAAUGAGUUUUAAUACGACUUUUUAAAUUUAAUUAAAACUAGACGAUGACCUGAUGAUUUUUUUGAUAAAGCCAUCUUGUCUUUAAAGCGGUUAGUUGCCCUCAAUUAAGAAAAAU